AUGAUUAUGUUUUCUCUUUUGGGGAAGAUUUCUCUGGGUAUUUUGACAUUUGUCCUGAUAGAAGGAAACCUUCCAUCAUCAACAGAAGAGAUCCAAGAAACCAAGAGUGCAGUUUCUUUUCUGCCUGGAGAAAAUACAGACCCUUCUCUACUUACUGAAAGGAAACAACUUCCGGACCACCAAGAAGUGGAAAGACAGUGGUUACGUAGAAGGCGAAGGCGGCGAUCUAUUCUGUUUCCUAAUGGAGUAAAAAUCUGCCCAAAUGAAAGUGUUACAGAGGUAGUGGCAAACCAUGUGAAAUAUUUUAAAGUCCGAGUGUGUCAGGAAGCUGUCUGGGAAGCCUUUAGGACUUUUUGGGAUAGACUUCCCGGGCGUGAAGAAUAUCAUUACUGGAUGAAUUUGUGUGAGGAUGGGAUCACAAACAUAUUUGAAAUGGGUACAAAUUUUAGCCAGUCUGUGGAACACAGAAGCUUAAUCAUGAAGAAACUGACAUAUACAAAGGAAACUGUAAGCAGUUCCUGUAAGAACCAGCACUGUGGCCCUGAGUUGUCAUCUCCAGUUCCUGUUGGUGAUACCUCAACAUUGGGAGGUGCUGCUUUUAGUGUACCAUAUCCAGGGAUAGCCUCCUACGAAGAUGCUUCAGAGAGCAGUUUGGAGAGGCCAGAGGACAGUAUUAGCAAUGAAAUUGAGACUGUGAUAGAAGAGCCCAUGAGACCAGCAGCUGAGCAGAUUGCAGAAUUCAUAAUCCACCUUUUGGGGAAGCAAUACAGAGAAGAGUUGCAGGACCCCUCCAGCUCCCACCACCAGAACCUUGUGAAAGAGUUUAUUUCAGAGGUUGAAAAUGCAUUUACUGGUCUACCAGGCUACAAGGAUUUUCGUGUUCUUGAAUUUAGGUCCCCUAAGGAAAAUGGCAGUGGUAUAGAUGUUCACUAUACAGUUACCUUCAAAGGUGAGGCCAUCAGCAAUACUACCUGGGACCUAAUUAGCCUUCACUCCAACAAGGUGGAAAACCAUGGCCUUGUGCAAUUGGAUGAUAAACCCACUGCUGCUUAUACAAUUAGUAACUUCAGAGAUUAUAUUGCUGAAACACUGUACCGGAAUUUUUUGCUGGGGAAUUCCUCCUUGAAUCCAGAUCCCAAGUCUCUUCAGCUUAUUAAUGUGAAAGGGGUUUUGCUUCCCCAAACUGAAGAACAAGUUUUGAACACCCAAAGUUCAAUUCUUCAGGCAACGCCACCAUCUAUUCUGGAUAAUACCCUUCCAACUGAAUGGCUCUCAGCAGAUGAAUCCACUAGCAGCAGCAUUUCACCACUUGGUUUCAGCUCUGGUCUUCCCUCGAUCAGGGGCAGGGAACUCUGGUCAGAAAGUUCUUUGGGUGAUUUAGUGUCUUCACCUAAAAUAGCCUUUCCCUCGAAGGUGGUCCUCAGUUCUUCCCCGGAGUUGUUAGAGGUUAGCAGCUUGCCUCUUCAUUCUGUUACCCCAGCAGUGCUUCAGACUAGCUUGCCUGUGACUUCUGAGGAGAGGACUUCUGGAUCCCACUCAUUAGAAGAUGGAUUAGCCAAUAUCGAGGAGUCACAAGAUGUUCUUUUUAUUGAUUCAUUGCCUUCAAGUUCAUUCAUUCAGCCUGUGCCAAAAGAAAUAAUAUCAUCCACGGAAGAUGCUGGUGUGUCCCUGACAUCUUCUCCAUACUUAACCUCUUCUGUUACAUUAGAAGGUAUUGCUAAAGAAAUAACUGUACCUUUUGGCUUGGACUCCUUGGCCUCCAAAGUCACAGACCAAGUGGAAGCAAGCCCUUUGUUUCCAGACACAUCUGUGGAAAAAGAGUUCAUAUUUGAGAAUGGUUUAGGUUCUGGGUCUGGGCAAAAAGUGGAUUUGACUAUUUGGCCAUGGAGUGAGACUUCAUUGGAGAAGAUCACUGAACCACUGUCCAAGUCAUGGCUUGAAGAUAAGGAUUCACUUUCACCAACUGAGGGUAUAGAUGACAAAAUGUUGUCUAUAGACCAAAUUGUUGAGCAUUCAAAACAUUGGCAUGAUAGAUCCACAGACUUUGCAGAGGAAGAGUCUCUUGUUGGACCCACUGUACCCAUCUUUUCAGAGUCUUCAACUCAGUCUGCAUCUCUAACUUUUUCCAAGCACAUAUCAGAGGUAUCUGACAUUGAUUAUUACUCAGUUACAGAAGCAACUCUUCUCUUGGCAUCUAUAGCAAGCUCUGAUUCUACUGAGAAAACAGAGCAAGUGAAUGCCUUCCCAAGGAAGGAUAUGGAACAAAUAGUAGAGUCAUCUGGCCAUGAAUGGUUUGAUAGCAAGGUUUCAGUGGUGACAACAGAUAUGCAGCCUGCGUGGACCAUAUUGCCAGAAUCAGAUAUAGUUUGGGCAAGAACUUCUUCCAUGGGGAAAUUGUCCAGAGAUACAUUGGCAAGUACACCACACAGUACUGACAAACUCUGGUUGAAAGCUUCCAUGACACAGUCCACCAAAUUGCCUCCAACCACAAGCUCCACCCUGCUAGAGGAUGAAGUAAUUAUGGGUGUACAGGAUAUUUCAUUAGAACUGGACCGGGUAGACACAGAUUAUUAUCAGCCUGAGCUAAUCCAAGAGCAAAAUGGCAAGAUUGGUAGCUAUGUGGAAAUGUCUAUCAAUGAUCACUCCACAAAGAUGCCUAUUGUGGCUCAGCCCACAAAAGGAGAUGACUCAAGAUACACCCAGCCCACAGGAGCUUUGGUAGUUUUCUUCAGCCUUCGAGUGACUAACAUGAUGUUUUCAGAAGAUCUAUUUAAUAAAAACUCUUUGGAAUAUAAAGCCCUGGAGCAAAGAUUCUUAGAAUUGCUGGUUCCCUAUCUACAAUCAAACCUCACAGGGUUUCAGAAUUUAGAAAUUCUGAACUUCAGAAAUGGCAGCAUUGUGGUGAACAGUCGAAUGAAGUUUGCCAAGUCUGUCCCUCCUAAUGUUAACAAUGCUGUGUACAUGAUUCUGGAAGACUUUUGCACCACUGCCUACCAAACCUUGAACUUGGAUAUUGAUAAAUACUCCCUUGACGUGGAAUCAGGUGAUGAAGCCAACCCUUGCAAGUUUCAGGCCUGUAACGAAUUUUCUGAGUGUUUGGUCAACUCUUUGAGUGGAGAAGCAAAGUGCAGAUGCCAUCCUGGAUACCUGAGUGUGGAUGAGCUACCAUGUCAGAGUCUCUGUGACCUGCAGCCUGACUUCUGCUUGAACGAUGGAAAAUGUGACAUUAUGCCUGGACAUGGAGCCAUUUGUAGAUGCCGGGUGGGUGAGAACUGGUGGUACCGAGGGAAGCACUGUGAGGAGUUUGUGUCUGAGCCCUUAGUCAUAGGCAUCACCAUAGCUUCCAUGGCUGGCUUUCUUCUCAUCACUUCUGUAGUCAUCUUCUUCCUUGUCAGGACUCUUCAAGCUCAGAAUGUCAGUAGAGAAACAGAGAGGCCUGUCAGCUCUAGCAGGCAGCCUGACAGCCUGUCAUCCCUGGAGAAUGCUGUAAAGUGCAACCCUAGGUAUGAAAGCCACGUGGUUGGAUGCAAGCAACACGAGGAGCCUCAGCAUUGCUUCUAUAGCGCUGCUAGUGAAGAGAUGAUUGGUGGUCUGAGCAGAGAAGAAAUCAGACAGAUGUAUGAGAGCAGUGACCUUUCUAAAGAGGAAAUUCAAGAGAGAAUGAGGAUUUUGGAACUGUAUGCCAAUGAUCCUGAGUUUGCAGCUUUUGUGAGAGAACAUCAAAUGGAAGGGCUUUAAUCCAAAUGCCAUUUUGAC